GCAGCAGCAGCAGAGAAGGAGACUGAAGCUGAAACAACAGAGACCUGCUGCACUACAUCUAACACACUCCAACCAAAAGGAUGCUUUGCAUUUACAUUUUCCUGCUGCUGACCCUGAGCAGAGUGGGGCUUGGCUCCCUGCAGAAUAAACAGACUGAUUUUGGCCUGAAAGUCUUCUUCCAGCUGGGCCAGGGCUCUGUGGACAAGAACGUGGCCUUCUCCCCUUAUGGCAUGGCCUCUGUCCUGUCCAUGGCUCAGCUUGGUGCUGCCGGAAACACACUUAAGGUCUUAACUACUACUAUGGGCUUUUCUCUGCAAGAGCGAGGGAUGUCACGGCAGCAGCGUCUCCUGCAGCGGGAUCUGUCCAGUGAGAAGGGGGUGGAGAUAGCCAGCGGUGUGAUGGUGGAGAGGAAAAUGAGCCUGGAGAAGGGAUACCGCCGGGCCCUGGCCAAGGCCUUCCAGGCCCACCCUCACCAGGUAGACUUUACUAAUCCAGACCAGGCAGUCAUCAUCAUCAACUCAUGGGUCUCAGACCACACUGCAGGUGCCAUCCCUGAGUUCUUGGCAUCUGGAUCUCUGAAUGAUGAGACCCGCCUGGUCCUCCUUAAUGCCCUCAACUUCCAGGGCCUCUGGAAAGUUCCCUUUGACCCAACACUGACACAGGAGAGGAUGUUCCAUUGUGCCAAUGGCAGCACUGUGCCCGUGCACAUGAUGAGACUCACAAACCACUUCAACUAUGGUGAGUUUGUAACUACUGACGGGGUGGACUAUGAUGUCAUUGAGCUCCCAUAUGAGGGUGACUCACUCAGCAUGCUCCUAGUGUCACCAUUUGAGCCUGAAGUUCCACUGAGCAUGCUCAGUGCAGAUCUGAGCAGCCAGAGGAUUCAGCAGUGGAGGGCAGAACUGAGGAAGGUCAAGAGGCAGCUGGCCAUGCCCAGGUUCACUCUGAACUCUGAGGUGAACUUGAAGACUGCUCUGCUUAACAUGGGUCUGGAACACAUGUUCAGCCUAGCUACUGCUGACUUCACACGGAUCACCACUGAUGAAAGGCUGUGUGUGUCGAAGGUCCUCCAGAGAGUGAAGAUUGAGGUGAAUGAGCAAGGAACCAAGGGAGCAGCAGCAACAGCUGCUGUCAUGUUUUCUCGUAUGGCAGUGGAGGAGAUCACUCUGGACCGACCGUUCCUCUUCCUCAUCCAACACAAACACACAGGUGCUGUUUUGUUCAUGGGUCAGUUCAACCAGCCUCAGCAACAAUGACCACUCCGAAGACCUGUCUUCAUUCCGCUGUAUCUGACUAUUCCCACUCAUACGCUACAUGAUGACCAUACACUUGAUGACCACACCAGACCGCCAGGAUUCCUAUGACUGCUUAAUACUCUACAGUCUAUUUCACGGAAAAGGUUUAUUUUUAAUGUGCUUAAUACCAUAACAAAAGGACAAAGUGACAAAGAGAUUUGAUACAACUGACAUUGGAAACAGGACUGACUGAGACAUUCUUUGAAAAGAGUUUAUAUGCUUGCUGUUUAUUUAUUUAUCUGAAUGUUUGUGGUUGCGAAGACAGAAAGAAAUAUGAAGGAAAGUGAACAAAUUAGGUAGUCUACUGUUGUUUGACACAACAGACACUGUUGCACUUCACAUAGACAGAUGUUGCUGCAGACAGACUGAUGCCUGGAAUAGUAAUAAAAAAAUAUGUAUUUUUUAUCUGUUUUAACAAUACAAUAGUUAAUUUUAUUGUCUAUUUUUGUCUUGUUGUUGAUAAAUUGCAUUUGUAUCGUUGCAGUAUUUAU